UUUCCCACCUGGAGUGAGUGCUCGCUCUGAAAAGAAGGGGGAACAUCUUCCACGGCCGAAACCGGGCUAUAGACUUGGCAAUAGAGCUGGCUUGUGGUCAUCCUGUGCUUCAUCUUGUCGGCGUCCCGGACUCUGUUGGGACAGAGCCGGGCUUCGAGGGCUUGUAAGGGUUUCGUGUCUCCUGGGCACCGUGGAGCCGCCCUUGGCAGAGGAGGACAAGUGUGAGGCCAGUACACCUUUGACUCAAUGGGGCUUAAUUGGUUACAAAAUGUCCUCUUAUGCAUGAGAUCUACAGACUAUAUGUUCUUCAAGAACUGAUCAGUGGUUUUCACCUUCUGGAAGAACAUUAGAAGCAUAAAUAUGGUGCCAAAACUCCUCAUUCUCUGACUGGUGAUUUGGACAUACUUCUGUGUUGAAGAGAAGUAUACACACUGAGGUCACUCAUUGUUCAGAGACUGUUGUGUAGGAACAUGGACCAUUCUAAUAGGGAAAAGGAUGAUAGACAACGGACAACUAAAACCAUGGCACAACGGAAUACACACUGUUCCCGACCAUCUGGCACUUCAACAUCCUCUGGGGUUCUCAUGGUGGGACCCAACUUCAGGGUUGGCAAGAAGAUAGGGUGUGGGAACUUCGGAGAGCUCAGAUUAGGUAAAAAUCUCUACACCAAUGAAUAUGUAGCCAUUAAGCUGGAACCAAUAAAAUCACGUGCUCCACAGCUUCAUUUAGAGUACAGGUUUUAUAAACAGCUUGGCAGUGUGGGUGAAGGCCUCCCACAGGUUUAUUACUUUGGACCAUGUGGAAAGUACAAUGCCAUGGUGCUGGAACUCCUUGGCCCUAGCUUGGAAGACUUGUUUGACCUCUGUGACCGAACGUUUACUUUGAAGACGGUGUUAAUGAUAGCCAUCCAGUUGCUUUCUCGAAUGGAGUAUGUACACUCAAAGAAUCUCAUUUACCGAGAUGUCAAACCAGAGAACUUCUUGAUUGGCCGACAAGGCAAUAAGAAAGAGCAUGUAAUACACAUUAUAGAUUUUGGACUGGCCAAGGAAUAUAUUGAUCCUGAAACCAAAAAACACAUACCUUACAGAGAGCACAAAAGCUUAACUGGAACUGCGCGAUACAUGUCUAUCAACACACAUCUAGGCAAAGAGCAAAGCCGGCGAGAUGAUUUGGAAGCCCUAGGCCAUAUGUUCAUGUACUUCCUUCGAGGCAGCCUACCCUGGCAAGGACUCAAGGCUGAUACAUUAAAAGAGAGAUAUCAAAAAAUUGGUGAUACCAAAAGGAAUACUCCCAUCGAAGCUCUCUGUGAGAACUUUCCAGAGGAGAUGGCAACCUACCUUCGAUAUGUCAGGAGAUUAGACUUCUUUGAAAAACCUGAUUAUGAGUAUUUACGGACCCUCUUCACAGAUCUGUUUGAACGGAAAGGCUAUACCUUUGACUAUGCCUAUGAUUGGGUUGGAAGGCCUAUUCCUACUCCAGUAGGAUCAGUUCAUGUAGAUUCUGGUGCAUCUGCAAUAACUCGAGAAAGCCACACACACAGGGAUCGGCCGUCACAACAACAGCCUCUUAGAAAUCAGACUGCAUCAUCAGAGCGCCGAGGAGAGUGGGAAAUCCAGCCCAGCCGGCAGACCAAUACCUCAUACCUGACGUCUCACUUGGCUGCAGACCGCCAUGGGGGCUCAGUACAGGUGGUUAGCUCAACCAAUGGAGAGCUGAAUGCUGAUGACCCCACUGGAGCUCAUUCCAAUGCACCAAUCACAGCGCAUGCCGAAGUGGAGGUAGUGGAGGAAGCUAAGUGCUGCUGUUUCUUUAAGAGGAAAAGGAAGAAGACUGCUCAGCGACACAAGUGACCAGUGCCUCCCAUGAGUCCUCAAGUCCUGGGGACUCUGGCUCCAAUUGCACCUGCAGCUCCUGCCAUUUCUCAUUGGAAGGGACUCCUGUGGGGGAGGGGAGAGAUCCAAACCAAAAAGAAGAAAACAAAUGCCCCCAGAAGGAGCCAGUGCAGGCAGCCAGGGCCGAGUGGGCGAGUGGCAAUCCUCUCUGUCUGAGCUCUGAGCGGUCCAGAGCUGCUGCUUCUCCACUGCUUGCCCUUAGGCUAUCUGGUUGACUCUCUUCCCAUUGUUUACAGUGAAGGUGUCAUUCACAAAAACUCAAGGACUACUAUUCUCCCUCCUCUUCCUUUAUUCCUGGCUCUUGCACCAUCCUCAACCCUCUCCAGCAUAAAAACUACUAAGCUUAAAGGCUCUGUCAAGAAGCUGGUGGUGUGGCCAAGAAGAUAGGGGAAGAUGACAGCCCUGGGCUGGAGAACUUCUCCACUUCCCAGGUGUGUCUGGUAAUGUGGCUUCCUCUCCCUCUGUGCCUGGGUAACCCCUCAGCGCAGCUGGCCACAGGGUUCAGGUCCCUUCCUCCAUCCCCCUCCCUUCGUCCCUCCAUCUCUCCUGUGAAGUUACACUGUAGGACACAAGCUGUGAGCAAUCUACAGUCUACUGUCCCUGUGUGUUGGCGUUCUUAGCUUUUUUGACAAGCAGAUUCCUUGCUCCGGACUGUAGCGAGCCAUUCCUGUGGUUCUGAGCAAAGGAAAGGAAACUGACUUUAUUGCACUUUUAGUUUUUUGGGGUUUGUUUUUAUUUUAUAAACAACAUGGCAGAUGCAUAUUGUGUCCGGUUGUAUUGGGUGGUUGCUUUUUUCUUUUUUGAGGGGGAUGGGCCAGCCAAGCCAUUCAGAGAAAAUGUGGGUCCAGAGGACAUUCUUGAUGGAAAGAAUCUGAUUUGCAGCACUUGGAAGAGAAGAAGCCAAACUCUGUGUCAUCCUGAGUAAAUACUCCGGUUGGCAAGGAAACAUACUUGAAUUUUCAUUCAUCUUCUCUGCUGCAGAAUAAAAGUCCCCACCAGAGCCCCUUGACCUAAUCAGCCCAGAGCUUGAAAGCCCAGCUCCUGAGCACUUGGGAUGAGCACCGAGCCAGACUGUGACCAACCAGAAGGCACCUCGUCUCAGAGAGGAGAUACUUAACAAUAACAGCAACAAAGCAAAAUUUCUGUUUCCUCCACAGCCAAGGUCGUCCUUCUAGAUAGCCAUGUGACUUUCUGUUGACUCGGGAGACAAAAUUAGUGACAAAACAGCCACCACCAUAUUGCCAGUAGUGGACAAAAGGGGGCACCAAAUUUGCCUUCCAACUGCCAGAGAAGCCUCAGGAUGCAGCAUCCUAGGGCCAGGAAAAGAAAAUAAAUAUUUUCUUUCAUUUGGGUCAGUCUGCCUUAGAAACCACACCUGUGAUAAUCUUGGGGCUGCAGUAAGCAGGGAAGGUAAGAUUGGUUGGUGCUAGGAAAUCCCAGGGAAAAGGAAACUAAUGAAAGGUCUAAAAUUUUAUCUUAACAAUUGAACAGAGACUCUGUCCAGAUAAUAUGACCACAUAUCUUAGCAUGUUCUUCCCAGUACAGUCUCUACCUUCCACCGUGGCAUCUUCCCUGGACCAUGAAGCAUCACUGGUUGCAUAGUUAACAAUGUGUGAAGUUACUCUUCCCGUGUUCUAUUUCAUUUGAGAUUAGUGCCAUUUCCAAAUGGUGACUUCUUAUACUAGUUGUGGCAAGAAGGAUUGAUUAUUCACGUGGGGAAAGAGGGCUUGUGUCUGGGUAUAAAGAGCUGACCACACAGGACAGUGGCUAGUCACUUAGUGCAGCACAGAACUCUUUGCUUGUGUAUGUAGAGGACUGGAAGAUGUCGGGACACUUUGUGAUCAUGGAUCAAAUUUAGUAUCAAAUGAAGCAGAGUUUGUGUGCUUUACCUAUUCUAUUGACCUUGGCUAGGGAAUCUCUCCUCACUGACUUCAGACCUGCUCAACAUUUGUAAAUACUGCCACCUGGGCAUUUCUUUACAAGAAAUGUUUUUAUCUGUGAAACAGUGGCGGGGAGAUGUCAGGUCAGACCCCUUUCCCAUAAGGAAUUUGAGUGUUAAGAUUUGCUUCCUUUUUACUGUAUAGCAGUCAAAGCUCGUCACUAAAGUUUUUAUAGUCUCUCGUUUGGCACAUGGGCGACUCUGACUUCCCUACAGAAACUUAAAAAUCCUCAUCCCAGGAAAUGGUGGCAAGGCCUAGAGCAUCCUGGCACUGUCUGCCCCACUAAGUGCCUCCCCCACGCUGCUUCCAAGGUAAAGCAAAGGCAGUGACCAGCUUGGCUGCAGGAUGGGGUGCCCUGCAGCUGUGCUUAAGAGUUCUUUUUUGUCUUAAAAUAUUUUUAUAGGCUAGCUCUUGAGGGGUUGAAUCUGAGUGGUUUGUGGAUGUGGGGGAAGGUCCUCCCUAAUGCACUCUUGGGACCCUCCAGCACCCACAAAUCCCUUACUAGAUGUUUGGGGUUUGUAGCAAAGAGCCUUUAACAUGCAGGGUGGUGGUGAUCCUUUAAGGCCAUUGAUGCUCCAAGGUGAUCCCAAACCUGAGUAAUUCUCUUAUCUUCCCUAAAAUUAAAAUAUAACUGAAUUCCCCAGAAACAAUCUGCUCAUCAUUCAGCCACCCCCCACCCCAGCACAUCCCUGUGUCUCUUACCUGCCUGACUGUAGGCUCAGCUAGACCCUCAGGCACCGGCACCCCCUCCGUCUCCUUUACCCCAGCACAUCCCUGUGUCUCUUUCCUGCCUGACUGUAGGCGCAGCUAGACCCUCAGGCACCGGCACCCCCUCCGUCUCCUUUCAUCCAUGUUGACUCGCUCCAUCUCACCUGACACCUGAGGAAAGUUGUCUUGAAGAUUGAUGCAUUUGCUUUCCCUUAAAACUAACUCAUCUUUUCCCUGAGCCUGCAGGCAUUUGAUACUGUACUAUUUGGAGUUUCCUCAAGCUUUGCUGUCUUUGAAACAUUGCAGUCUCAGCAGACUAAGGUCCAACCAGGCCAGGGUUACUCCAGGGUGUAAAGUGUCCAGUCAUACAAGUGGAUUUUCAGAGUUUUUACUCCAGAAAGGCUGCACGCAAGGCUGCACUGAAUGCGCCAGCAGCUAGUGAGCACUCAUGACUGCCUUAAUUAACAUUCUUCUAUUGAGGUCUGUCUAGGAGCAAUCAGGGUCUGUGAAGGUGUGUGUAAGUCAGGUGACUAGGUAAGUCUCCAGUUAAAAUCCCCAUUUCAAUUGGAACAAAUUUCAGGAAACAGCAAGGACCCCGAGAUUUUUGUUAAUCUCAUUUUCAUUUUCAGUGAAUGACAAGAAUUCAGAAACAGCCCAUGUCCAUUAGCCAGAUGGUGUCCAUCUUCUGUAAAAUAACUUCCAGUUUAAUUCAGAAGGAAAGUGUGUUGUAGUGCUUGCUUACUCAGUGUUGAUGUUCAAUCUUGGCAACCACUUGCAAUGUCAGACGUAUGCUGUGUUAAAGUGGUUGCUAAGGAUCAUAGCCUUAAUUUAAAAGAAAAUAAUGUAAAAGAUAAUUCAUUCCCCUCCAUGUUGAGCAAGUAUGGCCGAAUCUCUCAAGAAUAACUUCCAUCUAGGAAGCAUUUCCUCAAAGGAACUUGGUCUUGAUUUUUUUUUUUUGAUCCCUCCCUCCCAAGCCCAUAUGGCUGUGUCCCAGCCACCUCUCCGUGUUCAUAAGUGAAGCCAGUUUCUCAUUUCUCUUUAGCUGUUCUAAUGAUGCUUUGUCUAGUGUCAGUCAUGCCAUGGCCUGAAUUUUAAGACCAGGAGUUUGCAUGGUCAUAUAACCAGCAUUGCCUUUGCCAGGCCACUGCCACCAUCGCCUCCAUUGCCCCAGGUGGGCAGGUGGAUUCCAGAGACCCUCAGGGAGCCAGAAUAACUAGGUGCCCAUCUGGACUGGCCAUGUGGGCGAUGAGCACUUAUCUCUGGGUUUCUUGAUUUCACAGAUUUCAAGGAAGUCCCAGUAGAGAUUGAUGGCCAAUAGCUCCAGCCUUCCCCAUGAUGGGUUGGUAGGAAUCAAGUUAGAAUUCCUUUGUUUAUUGGACAACUUUGUUUUAAGGGGGUUAAUCUUUUAUUAUGAAGUAGAAGAGGCCACCAUGGCCUUCUGUGAGUUUGUAAAGUUUUGAGCAGUGUUUUCAUCGCCAGUCUUGGGAGCCUUGGAUCCAAUAACUAGUCUGAAGGUGUUUUUUCCUACUUUUGCAGGUAACUAAGUACAGAAGAGUAGACUUCUUAAUGUAUUCAAAAUAGUAAGUAGACCCCUGAAUAUAGGCAAUAGUAGCUGAAAUAUUUUCUCAGAAAAACAAAACAACCAGGAAACCCACUCCAGUAUUUAUAGAUCAGAUUAUCAAGGAAAAGAAAAUGAAAUAUGCACUCCAUAUAUCUCUAGUUCAGUUACCAAACUUGAUCUUAUAAAGAAACCUCAGUUGUGUGGACAGAAUACCGCCUCUCCCCCAUCUCUUUUUCUGGUGCCAUCACCACCUUUAAGGUCUAAGAGCAGAGGAUUAUCUGUGAGAAAAGCCAGAAAGCAUUGCGGUCAUCCCAGCAAUGCACAGACAACUGCCAUCCUGAUUACCCCCAAACGCACCUUUCAGGGUUCGGCGAAACCUUUUGGUGCCCCUCUUCAGGAGCUCCAGACCAAAUCCCAGGCCAUUCCAUGCACCAAAAACCUUUUAAAUGAAUGUCAAUUUCAAGUGUAUUUGAAAUGUUUCCUCCAGUAGAGAGAUUUGAACACCACUGGAGAAGACUUCUUUGCAGAGGAAAUAACCUUUGGAGAAAAUGGAAUGUGGGUUGGAUAUGUAGCCCAUUUCAUAGGGCAUCACGACAACACAAAUGUGAUCUUUAAGUAUACCUCUUCCCCUUGGGGAGGGAAAGACUCAGUUUGCACCCGUUUUGUAUGUAAAAUAAAAUGUCCUACCUUUCUUGGCUACUUUUA